AUGGCCGACCAGGAAGAGGACCCCAGCGCCCUCCCCCUCCCCGACCGCUUCACACACAAGAACUGGAAGGUGCGAAAGGAGGGCUACGAAGCCGCCGCCAAGGAGUUCAAGCUCGCCGCGAGCGAGAACGAGCCCAUUGUGCGCCAGUUCGUGAACGAUGCAAGCAUAUGGAAAGGCGUCGUCGGCGACUCCAAUGUGGCAGCGCAGCAAGAAGGCCUUGGCGCGCUGUGCGCCUUCCUCGAAAUCUCAGGCCAGCAGGGCUGCACACGGACACGGCAGAUUACCAUUGCGACCAUCGCCGAAAAGGGUCUCCCCUCGACAAGACCAGCCGCGAAGCAGGCGUCGCUCGAAGCCCUGCUCCUCUACAUCGAGACCGACAAGCCCGACCCAGUCAUCGAGGAGCUUCUCCCCAUCCUGUCGCACAAACAGCCAAAAGUCAUCGCCGCAACACUAGACGCCAUGACCCACAUCUUCCACGCCUAUGGCUGCAAGACGAUCGAGCCCAAGUCUGUCCUCAAGCUCCUUCCCAAGGUCUACGGCCAUGCCGACAAGAACGUCAGAGCAAAGGCCCAAGAGUUGACCGUCGAGUUUUACCGAUGGCUCAAGGACGCCAUGAAGCCUUUGUUCUGGAAUGACCUGAAGCCUGUGCAGCAACAAGAUCUGGACAAGCUGUUCGAAAAGGUCAAGGACGAGCCACCGCCAAAGCAGGAGCGCCUCCUCCGCUCCCAGCAGGCAGCCAAGGAGGCCGCUGCCGCAGCACCAGGCGGAGGGGAGGAAGAGGUCGACGAAGAAGAGGAUGGCGCCAUCGAUCUGGAGCCUGAGUUUGAAGCCAUUGACGUGUUUGCGAAGAUACCCAAAGACUUCAACGAGCGACUAGGCUCAACAAAAUGGAAAGACCGCAAGGAGGUACUGGAAGAGACCCAGAAAGCCCUCGAUACCCCUAGGAUCGCCGAGGGACCCUUCGACGACUUGGUGCGCGGAUUCGCAAAGUCCAUGAAGGACGCCAACAUCGCCGUUGUAUCCACAGCAGCCAACUGCGUCGAGCUUCUCGCCAAAGGCCUUAAGAAAAGCUUUAACAAGUACCGCAAGGAUAUCAUGAAUGCCAUGAUGGAACGACUCAAAGAGAAGAAACAAUCGGUAACAGACGCCAUUGGAGGCGCGUUGGAUGCCGCAUUUGCUUCGUCGAGCUUUGCAGACUGUCUGGAGGAGAUCUUGGAAUUCAUCAAGCACAAGAACCCCCAGGUGAAGCUCGAAUCCACACGGUUCUUGAUCCGCUGUCUGAAGAACACCCGCGAAGCGCCUUCCCCGGCUGAAGCAAAGACAUUAGCUGAAGCAGCCACGAAGCUGCUCACCGAAUCGCAAGAGGUGCAACGUUCUGCCGGCGCGGAGGUGCUUGGUACGUUAUGGAAGAUCAUGGGAGACCGCAUCAUGAACGCUCAUCUUGAAGGCCUCGAUGACAUCAGGAAAAACAAGAUCAAGGAAUACUAUGAGGCAGCUGAAGUCAAGGCCAAGUACAAGCCAAAGGCUGCAGCACCGCCAAAGCCCGCGGCUGCACCAGCAGCGACCAAGAAGCCAACGCUCGGAAAACGGCCAGCGCCCAAGAAGGCUGCACCAGCGGCAGCAGCCCCGCCUCCGCCAGCAGAAGAGUCUACAGCACCACUUGCCCCGAAACCAACCUCGCGGCCGGGCGUUUCCAAGCUUAAGUCCGGUCUUGCGGGACCGCGUCUUGGAGGUCUAAAGAAGCCAGGGCUCGCUGCCCCAUCACCAAAGAGACCAGUCGCAUCUCCACCUCCCGAUGAAGAAGAAUUCGUGCCGCCGCCACAGCCAAAGUUUGGUGCUGGACGGGGACUUGCUGGCCGCCCGUUGGGUAAACCUGCUGCUGAGCCUGCUGCCGCACCUGCGGCCGCGCCCACUGGUUUAGGCUUAGUGGAGCGAGCAGAGCUGGAAGAGUUGAGAGCAGAAGCCGAACGGCUGCGACGACAUAACGAAGAGCUGCGUGGGGAGCGCACAAAGCUGACCUCCCAAAUACAUGAGCUCCAAAACCAGAAUGCUCAGCUGAUCGAAGACCACACCCGGGAUGUGCUUUCUAUCAAAGCAAAGGAAACUCAACUUGUCCGUGCUCGCUCAGACUUUGAGGCAGCCGAACAGACCACCCAAACACAGCAGCGGGAAAUUGACCGUCUGAAGCGGGAACUCAGCCGCCAGGUCCGCGUCACGUCACCUCCUCCCACAGAUCUGGCCGACCAAAUCUACUCGGACAGCAACGGACGUUUCGGUGACUCCAGCUACAACAGUCAGGCUCCAUAUGGUCGCAAAGACAGCCGCUUAGCAAGCGGGCCGAUAAGUCCUGGUGGUGACGGUAAGGAGAACUUCGAUUCUCUCUCCCGUCCGGACAGUAUGAGUGGCAAGCUGAGUCCUUUGCGAGCAGAUGCGUCGGGCAAAUCCUCCUUCUCGUCUCGAGGCGGUCGUAGUAGCCCAGCUGAGAACGGCACGAGCCGCAUGGGAAGUUCUCAUGCCGCUUCUGGCGCAGAGAGCUGGAAGCGAGCUGCCGAGGUGACGCAGAACUUGAAGCAAAGAAUCGAGAUGAUGAAGGCGAAGCAGGGCAUCGGACGACCGCCGCCACAGUAG